AUGGGUAGUUGUUGUUCUCAUAACGAAAAUAGGAACGGAAAUAAUCAAGGAGGUCAUGAAUAGCCAAGAAUGCCUAGAGUUAUAGCAAGAUAGCAAUAGAAUGGUAAUGUAAUUUAGGAUGUGAAUGAAUAAUAUAAAAUCUAUUUUGAUAUAUUGGAUGAGCAAUUUAGUGGGAAGGGUUUAAAGAAAACAUUAGCUUAUAAAAGUCAUAUUGAUAUUGGUUAGAUUGAGAAACUGAGAAAUAUAUUUUGGGGUAAGUUAUUAUGAAUAUAAUUGAUUUAAGAAACGAGAGUUGAAGGGAGACAAGAGAUUUGGUAGAUUUUGAGAUCCAUAAUAAAUGAAGAAGAAGGUAUCAAAUAAAAGUAUUUUAGAAACUGCCAGAUUUCUAGUAUAGGAAGCUGAACUAAAACCAAUAAAGGAUUCUUUAUAGCAUGUAUAUGAUAAAUUAGGAUAAAAAUAUGAUGUACCAAUCUUCUGUAUCAAUGAUCCAAUAGAAUUUUCAAGAGAGAAAUUUGAGGAUAGAGGUUUAAUAUAAAAUUAUAGUGAUGCAACUGUAAAAUUAAUGAUUCGAAGUGUUCAUUUAAACGGUAAGGAUAUGGAAGUAGAAUGUAAACAAAACCAGAGUGUUUUAGAUUUGAAAGAAAUAGUAGUAGUUGAAUUACAGAAGAGAAAUUAAAUUUAAUGUGAAUCGAUGAAACUAUUUUAUAGAGGGAAAGAAAUGCAAGAUGAUUAUUAAUUAGGAAGAUAUAAUUUAAUAACUGAAGCUAUAGUAAUUGCUCAUUUAAAAGUAUUACUUAAGACAUGA